UCAGCAUUUUAUUGUACCGCUAGCCCCAGCUGGCCCAUCUCAAGAAACAUGAACAGCAUAAUAUGAGCAUAGCAUCUCGUUUUCACGAUUUUAUGUGUGCAUGUAUCAAAAUAAUUACCAAAAUUUGAGUUCAAUUUAAAAUGACUCUUGACCGAUCGCUGAAAACAAUUGUUUCGUGCUUCAUAGAUCGUAAAGCAAGUUGAAGAAGUUUCUUUCGCAGUUGGGUAGUCAUCGCAUUACCAAGUGAUCGAUCGUUGUUCGUUGAAAAUAUAUAACAGGAGUUUAAGCUUGUACAGCCAUCAACUGGUGAUCACAGUUUUACAGGAGCAAUAUCUGCAGAUAUGGCGGAUUCUCAGUUGGAUAAAUCUACGAUCGAUACAACUACUACAACCGAUAGCGAUAACCAUUCUAGCGGCGAUGUCCCCGCUGUCACACCUGUCGACGAUUCGUGGCAGAAUUUUAAAAUAACCAAGUCGACAGAUGCCAACGACAACGAGCACGAUUUCAAACUCUUACUGGAAACCCCACGAAAAAGUAUUCUCGGCGAUACUUGGAUUUGCACCGAAAAAGGCGAUAAAUAUUACUUGGAUCGAGCAGUCUUGGCUUCUAAAUCAAACUACCUUGCGAGGCUGUCGGAAGGCAACGUAAAAGUAGACAUGGGAGCAAUGAUUAUGAGUAUAAUUCAUGAAGACGACAUGUUAUCUCCCAUCAUCGAAGUAAUGUACGGAAAAGAUUUGAAAAGCGUGAUAUGCGAGAGUAAUUUCGUCGAUUUGUUGAAGAACAUGUGUCAUUUAGAGAUGCAAAUCGAUUUAGACGUAUUCAAAGAGUUCAUCGAGGAUACAAUAAUACCGAAGAAGGAAUUCUGUCACGAAAUGAUCGAAUUGUACUUUUUUUUACUCAGCUCAAGAGUGGUGGAAGAAUGCAAAUGUGAUUAUUUACUACCAACCGUUAGCCAGUAUUUCUCUAAUCGAUUGUUCGAUGCGUACAAAGUGAAGGAAUUUUUAUUCAUGCCCUUCGAAGGACUACUCCGAAUUCUGUUGCAUCGAAACAAAGAUAAAUACCAAGAUGAAGAUUUUGUUGGCCGUGUUUGUGCGGAAUGGAUUUGUCACGACUUCAAAAAUCGUGUUAACCAGUUGAUUAAAUUGGUGAAUGCAACGAAACAUCGUCAUGGAGUAUUCCGUUAUUGCCAUGUGAAUGAAGAACAAUCUCAAUCUACAAUAGAUUUUUUGAAGAAGAUCGAUGAGAAUCUCAGGAUGCAACAACUGAAAAAAUAUUUCAACGAGUUGUAUCAUUACUAUGGUGAUAUUACGUUUGAUUGUUCACAGUUGGCCGAUGAAAUAUCAGACGAAUUUCAGUAUCGUAUCAUAAACAUCAUCGACCUACCUAGCAGAUGGGCUACGUUUCUGAAAGAAGGACGCUUCUGUGAUGUCAUCAUCGACGUCCAUGGAUUUCCUUGCAAAUUGCACCGUAUCAAAUUGCUGUCAGCCUCGCCGUUCUUUUACGAUCUUUUCACCAAAAACAACAAAUCAUUGGGUUCCACAGUCAACGAGAAGUCUGAAAAAGAUAAAUCGAUAAUGGAGACGCAUACAUUUGAUGAGAUCGACGCAGUAGCUUUUGAAAAAAUAAUCGACUACAUUUACGAAGGAGAAAUUGAGAUCACUUCGCAAGAUCUUAUAAUUAAUUUACUCCAAGCUAGCGAUUUUUUGAAAAUAGAUGAUCUAUAUGAGAAAUGUCGUUCCUGGCUCUUAGAUGCUGAGAAUGAGCUCGAUAUUACUGGUGACUUUUUCGAUUUAUUUCAUUACCUCUAUGAGAAUGAACGGAAUUCAGAUCUGCAUGUCGUUGUGGUCAAUCGUAUUCUUGAAGAAUGGCCAAACUUCGAAGAUAAUGCCUUCAAAAACAUCUCCUUGGAAGUUCUGAAAGAAAUUGUCGCAAUACCCGAAUUAGAAAUGGAAACAUCCUACGAAGUAGUUAACGUAUGUUCGAAAUGGAUCUUUCACGAUAUGGAAAAAAGAUGCCAUCACAUGUACGAAAUCGCCAAAGCUGCUAAUCGAAAUUAUACCGUUAAAAUUGAUCUGCCAAAAUCGGAACCACUUGAAAAUUCUGUCGAUUAUUCGUUAGAUUGUGUAAAAAAAUCUUUCACGGAGAUCCUGCAGUCCACUGCUCUUGUGCCAUCGACUUGCGAUCCAUUUUUCAAGUAUGAUCAGAAACCCCGUUUUAUUGGCGUCAAAAUCGAAGGAGCGUUGAGCAUUAUGGAUGAAUAUUUCAACGAAAUUGUUUGCAUAAACCUGAAAGGUUUGCCUACUUAUGCGACACAACCUGGUACUUCAAUUAAUCGUCAUUCAGCGACUAUCAUCGAUGAUAAAUUAUUCGUACUUUUCAACAUCGAUGAAGAAUUCUAUUUUUCUGUUUAUCUUCCGGCAAUGAAAUCGCAAAAAUUCAUUUCGUUGGCUACCGAUGCCAGAAUGGAUUCGUCAGUCGAGUACGCGAUUUUUACCUGCAACGAUGAAGUGUUUUACUCUGCGGGGAUACAUAUACAUAAAUAUUGCUUUCAUUUGAAUCGAUGGAUUACUCAUCGGAAACCGCGAAGUGAUGAUGGUAAAAAGUGGUUUACGAGUGAUGGAAAACUCCGCUUCGCAAUAUCCUUGAGAAAACAAGAGAAUCUAGGUUGGUCGAAUGUUCUUCGGGCCUAUGUUUACGAUUACCAGACAAAAAAAACCAAAUGGUUGCCAAUUUUGCCUGUUACGCCAUCACUCGUGGUAAAGGAACCUGAAAAAUGGGAUAAUUUACCUAUCAAAGUGAAUGUUAUCAAGAAUGACCUUUGCGUCUUGUUCAAAUCAAAGACUUUCUUUUUUCAUUGGAAAAGUCAAACUUGGAGUAGUAUUGAUAAUCUGUAUGAAGACUUCACUACGUUUACUGAACGUGCUGACGAUAUUUUGUUCAUUUCAACCAAGAAUGGAGCUCAGCUGUACUCUCCCACUGACAAAAAAUGGAUCGCCGAUCAAAAAUUGGAUAACUUCGAGAGUAUUUCUGCCGUCCAUACAAUUAUGAAAUGACAUGUUGACAUGCUUGUUUCGUCUUGACUUGAGCUUUUGUUUUAAGUAAUAAGUUUAUUUUCUUUAUCUUUAUUUUUGAAAAUCCAAGUUUUUCUUGAUAAAUGGUAUUUUAACGUUUUUUUAUUUGGAAUUUUAAUUAUUAUGCGCUGAGUGAUGGUAAAAAAUUUCGGAUCUUUGUAUUUUUUUAAUGCAUUGAAAUGCAAACGUAGAUUAAAAUAAUCUGACUGUGUUCGUAAAGUUGAAAAUAAAUUUUCAAUUCUGCUGAGA